AUGUCAUCCAAAGGAAAUAAAACAAGCCUAAUGGGAUCAGAAAAAAAGGUACUGCUACAGAAGCUCCCAGGCAAACUAGACCAAUGCCUGCGUCCUGACACAGUAUUAUCAAUAGUAAAACUUUGGUGCGAUUUUUCUUCUUUAUACACACGACUUAGGGAUUGGAAGCCCGACAUAAGCCCAGCUGAUUUUUUAGAGAAAGCUAAAGAAUGGGUAAACCAGUUCACAUCACUUGCUGGACAAAGAGAAGGAUAUGAACAUUCCCGCAUUACUCCAUACAUGCACAUUAUGGUGGCCCAUAUCCCUUGGUUCUUACAAAUGUGUAAAACUGUUAAGAUGUUUACAGGCCAAGGGGUAGAAAAAAAUAAUGAUGUUGCUAGGUCAAUUGUUUUGAGAAAAUCACAGCACUAUGACUCUGUCGGUGAUGUCCUGAAACAUGAAGCUAGGCAAUGGACCCAUCGUGGUGCAGAACGAGACACAAGAAGAUAUGUCAAGUGCAAUGCAAAUUACUGGGAGAUGAUUAUCUUUGAAAAACGAUUUUGCAAGAGGCAAAUGCCAGCUUUGAGCCUGAAGAGAGUUCUGAAAUUCCUGACAAUGCAGCUACAAACUUGGAACUCAAUGCAAAUUCUGACUUCAGAAAAAUGA